CGCUGCUGCCUCCUGCAUCGCCCGAAUGCCUGGCUAUAAAAGCGGAUCGCGCCGGGAACCGACCUCAUCCAUCCUUCAUUCUCUCAGCUCUCUCUAUUCUAGCUCUUGCACUUGAUAUUCGUUUGCGAAUCGGCGGUCAGUUUCAGUCUUAGUCAAACUCAUUCGCUGGAGAUGGAUACCGGAGCUAAGGUGAAGAAGGGAGCCGGUGGCAGGAAGGGCGGUGGCCCGAAGAAGAAGCCAGUCUCCAGGUCCGUCAAAGCUGGUCUUCAGUUCCCCGUCGGAAGAAUCGGAAGGUACCUGAAGAAGGGGCGCUACUCUCAGAGGGUCGGCACCGGAGCUCCCGUCUACAUGGCCGCUGUCCUCGAGUAUCUGGCUGCUGAAGUUCUUGAGUUGGCUGGGAAUGCUGCCCGUGACAACAAGAAGAACAGGAUUAUCCCUCGCCAUGUGUUGCUGGCCAUCAGGAACGACGAGGAGCUCGGAAAGCUGCUCGCCGGAGUGACGAUUGCCCACGGUGGUGUUCUCCCCAACAUCAACCCAGUGCUGUUGCCGAAGAAGGCCGAGAGAGCCGCCAAGGAGCCCAAGGAGACCAAGUCGCCAUCCAAGGCUGGCAAGUCCCCGAAGAAAGCUUAGUUGAGUGGGUUACACAGAGUGUCUGAUUUAGGGGGUGUUAUCUUCUCUUUUGUUCAGCAAUCUAUGUUCUAGUUGUACCUAAUUCUCGCUUUAGUUGUUAUGGUGGGUUUAUUUUGGGUUUCUGGGUGUGAGAGGAAUGAGAUGUAUUGUGUGAAAAUUGGCAUCUCCUUUUUCUCUUCAUACCAUUGUCAUCACAGUGGUAGCAUAUGUACUAGAUGGCUGUAAUGAUUCGAGCUCUAAUGGAAUGGCAACGCUUUGUUUCUGCACAAUCCUUUGUCACUGAACUUGCAAAUAUCCUAACAGCUGACCUCUCAUUUUCCAGCGAGUAGAGUUAAUGUACUACCAUGUAUAGCUGACUCCCGACCUAAUGAACACGUAACAAGAACGAAAUCAGAACUAGCACAUUCUGAAAAUUCU